AGAGCUUACGUCACUCAAGCUUUGUAGCAAGCUUGGUUGAAGUGUGGCGGUUGUUGAUGUGUAGCUGUCAGAAGUCAGAUAACGCAGAGGAGAAGUAGCAGGAGGUCAAGAUGCAGUUCCUGGGCCGGCUGUUGGACACAGUGUCCUCUGUGUCAACCCUCUUCACCAACCCUUACAGGGUCCGGGAUGUGCCGCUGGCGGACUACGGUGGAGGAGGCAAAGUCCUGCUGAAAGAAGAGGGACGAAUUCUCCUGUACAAAAACACCCAGUGCCAGUCAUGGGACUGUUUGCUUAUGUGCCCUGAGACACCGGCAAUGACUUUGAGGCUGUUUCAGGUGCUAUCAGAGGAGGACGCCAUGAACUGGUUUCCACAAUUUGCUCUCAAGCUACGUCCUUUCUAUGAGACACUCCCUCUGAAGGCAGAGAACACGCAGCCAAUCGUGGACUGCAUCCGCAACCAUCCAGACUGGAGCUCCGCCCACAUUGCUGUUGAUACGGGCCUGAGAGAGUGCCUCAAACAUAACCACGUCCAGAGUCAGAUCAAUGCCAGGGAUGCUUCAGGUCAGACACCGCUGCACCUGGCGUGUGAACGUGGCGACUCGGUGUGUGUGACGGAGCUGCUGGAGGAAAGCCAGGCUCGCACCGACAUCAAAGACCGUAAUGGAGACACGCCAAUGCACUGUGCCGCCAAGCAGGACUCUCCUGCCAUCAUUCAGGUCCUCUGCUCCCGGCUCUGCUCAGGUGUAAACGAGCUGAACAGCAAUGGGGAGACGCCGCUCCACGUUGCCUGUCGUUUGGGACGUGUGGAGUCCGUCAAAGCUCUCUUAGGGGGUGGGGCCAAGUGUGAUGUCAUCGGUAGCGCUGGCUACCCCAUCCACUGUGCAAUGAAGUACAGUGAGAAGGGCUGUGUGGAGGAGAUCCUCAAAGCAGACCCAGGCCAGCUCCAGGCUGAGGACUCUAUGUAUGGAGGGACACCUCUCCACUGGACCAAAACAGCAGAGAUGUGUCGUUUGCUGCUUGAACACGGCUGUGCAGUGAACUACCUCAGUAAGACCGGGGAGAGCGCCCUUCACAUUCUGACCAAGAAGGGACGCUUUGAGGCGGCCAUGGUGCUGCUCACACACGGAGCCAACGCCAACCUGAAGGGCCAGGAUGGAAACACAGCUCUGCACCUCGCUAUGAAGAUGGACCACAUAGAGUUGAUCAAAGCCUUGAUUGUGUUCGGGGCUGAUGUUGAAAUUCACAAUGACCUGGGAGAAACACCAGGACUCAUCGCGGCUCGCACAAGCAAAGGUGCUAAUAGAAAGAUACUGCUGGACAUGCUGUGUAGUGUAGGGGUCCAGCGCUGCCUCCCACCUUCCCCUGGCAGUCCUCCCCCAAUCUCCUACACAGCCAAGCCUGCAGCCAUAGGGUUUGAUGACAUCAUGUUUAUGGGGGCUGCAGUCAGUGCAAUGAGCAGAGGCACCACUGAAAUGGAUGGCAUCAAAAUGGAAGGAAAGAAGAUUGACAGACUGCUGUGUCUUGAUGGUGGGGGUAUAAAAGGCUUAGUGUUGAUCCAGAUGUUGAUCGCUCUGGAGAGAGAGGCUGGGCGGCCGACCAGAGAGCUCUUCGACUGGGUGGCCGGCACCAGCACUGGAGGCAUCCUGGCUCUAGCUAUAGUCCAUGGUAAGUCCAUGGAGUACCUGCGCUGCCUCUACUUUAGGAUGAAGGAGCAGGUGUUCAAGGGGUCGCGACCUUAUGAGUCAGCCCCACUGGAGGACUUCCUGAAAAAAGAGUUUGGCGAGAAUACCAAAAUGGCAGACGUCCAAUACCCCAGAGUGAUGGUGACCAGCGUUCUCGCCGACAGACACCCAGGCGAGCUGCACAUCUUCAGGAACUACAACCCUCCCUCCAUUCACAGAGUACCCCCAUAUGCCACCAGUGCCACAUUCAUGCCCCUCACUAUCCCACAAGGAUGGGAGGAUGAGGAUGUGUUGAUAGUAGGAUACACAGAGGAGCCAGCCAGAAAGCGUAGGAAGGUGACAGAUGAAGAACAACUUGUGUGGCGAGCUGCCCGCUCCAGCGGCGCUGCCCCAACCUACUUUCGACCAAUGGGCCGCUUUCUGGAUGGAGGACUGCUGGCUAACAAUCCUACACUAGACGCCAUGUCAGAAAUCCAUCAGUACAAUAAAGCGUUAAAAGCAGAGGGCAAAGAGAGGGACAUCAAGAAGUUGGGUAUAGUGGUCUCCCUCGGUACAGGUAAACCUCCUCAGGUGGUGGUGAACUCUGUGGAUGUCUUCAGACCCUCCAACCCUCUGGAGCUGGCCAAGAGCUUCGUAGGAGCCAAAGAGCUGGGCAAGAUGCUUGUGGACUGCUGUACAGACUCUGAUGGAUGUGCAGUGGACAGAGCCAGUGCCUGGUGUGAAAUGAUCGACACAAUCUACCACAGAUUGAGCCCUCAGUUGUCUCAGGAGGUGAUGCUCGAUGAAGUGAGUGACGCAGUCCUGGUGGACAUGCUGUGGGAAACCCAGAUGUACCUGUACGAGAAGAGGGAAAACCUCCAAACUCUGGCAAAGCUGCUACUGAACGAAUGAAAGGACAAGAAAGAAAAGCGUCACCAGAACAGACUGCGUAGAUGGGACUGUGGAAGCAAGAGCGGGUGGAGAAAUAUGAGUGAAUCGGAGAGUUCCACGUGUAGUCAAAGACAGGAAUUGUUUAACAAAGAGGCACGAAGAUUCAUGAGCUAUGUGUUUGAUUCAAGACUGUAACAUCUGUGUGGGUGUGCUCUCUCUAUAAACUCUUUAAGGUGACAAUUAAGCCAACAUGACAGUAGCAAAAAUGUGAAACAAGCAAACAAAAGAACUGACAUAAAAUGACUGACUUUAACAUAGCCUAUUGAAAGGCAAGUUGUGAAGCAUUAUGUGACCUUAUCACUGACUACAUUACUUUCAUUUUUCUUACAGUUUACUGUUUGAACAUCAACUCUUGAAGGACA